CUCAUCAAAUUCUUUUAUGUCUGUACUGUGCAAGAACGGAAUCAGAUUCAGCUGACGCCGAGAUUCCUUUACUUUUCGAAGAAAGAUUCAUUCAAAGUUUAAGAAACUAAGAAGGGUUGAUUCCGUCCCCUUAUAGAAGCCAUGGAUGAACGAUCCAGAAGCAAAAAAAUUAUGCCUACUUUGUUUUCUUCUUCGUUGGUUUCUAACACAUUCCAAGUGCUGACACGAAGAUCGGUUCUGAGGCUAACCUUAUUCACUUUUAUCCUUUUCUGGUUUGUGUACGCUCUUUUCAAUGCCUUCUCCCCCGUUCUUGAUGAUUCCUCCAAGCUCGACACCACUUUCCCAUUCAAUUCAGACGACUCUGCCGUUUCCCUGAGCCAAAUUUCCAGCGAGAAUUUCCCCAGCAAAUCCCCCGUCAAAGUCUACCUCUAUGAUCUGCCGACGAGGUUCACCUAUGGAGUCAUCCAGCACCAUUCCUUGGUGCGUGGUGGCCGCGCCGUCGAAGACGUGACCACUCUCAAGUACCCAGGCCACCAGCACAUGGCGGAGUGGUACCUCUUCUUGGAUCUCAUCCGACCCGAACCCGAGCGUGUUGGAUCGCCCAUUGUUCGGGUAUCGGAUCCCGAGGAGGCGGACCUGUUCUAUGUGGCUUUCUUCUCUUCACUGAGCUUAAUCGUGAACCCAACUUUGGUUCCCGCUGAGUUGGACAGUGAGAAGCCGACUUACAUUGACGCAGAGAAUCAGCAAGCGUUGGUGGAGUGGUUGGGGGAGCAGGAGUAUUGGAAGAGGAACAAUGGAAGGGACCAUGUGAUUAUAGCUUCGGAUCCGAAUGCGUUGUAUCGGGUCAUGGAUAGAGUGAAGAAUAGUAUACUUCUUGUGGCAGAUUUUGGGCGUUUGAGACCAGACCAAGGGUCCCUUGUUAAGGAUGUCGUCAUACCAUACUCACAUCGCCUCAGAACAUACGAGGGUGAUGUUGGACUUGAGAAUCGCAAUACGUUGUUGUUUUUUAUGGGUGCCCGAUACCGGAAAGAGGGAGGCAAAAUUCGUGAUAAACUCUUUCAAAUUCUUGAACAAGAAGAGGAUGUCAUAAUAAAGCAUGGAACUCAGUCCACAGAGAAUAGGAGGGCAGCUUCAAAAGGAAUGCAUACAUCAAAGUUUUGUUUACACCCUACUGGCGAUACUCCAUCUGCCUGCCGGCUCUUCGAUGCUAUUGUCACUUUGUGUGUUCCAGUGAUUGUGAGUGACAAUAUAGAGUUGCCCUUUGAAGACACCAUAGACUAUUCGAAGAUGGCAAUAUUUGUUGAUUCUGAUUCUGCUAUAAAACGUAGAUAUCUGGUGUCAAUGUUGAGAGCAGUGAGCCCAGAAAGGAUCCUCGAGUAUCAGAAAGAACUAAAAAAGGUCAAGCGCUACUUUCAAUAUGGGGCAGAAGAUGGAACGGUUAACGAAAUCUGGCGCCAAAUUUCUAAAAAGCUUCCAUUGAUUAGGCUGAUGAUUAACCGUGAGAAAAGGCUGGUGAGAAAUGAACCUGAUUGCUCUUGCAUGUGUUCAAACAAGACAGCCAUUAGAACCUUGUAGCAAUUUUCUCGGGACAAUGUCAGAUUUGAAGGAUUUGGUGCUCUAUGACUAUACAAAUUAGGUUUCUUCCUCUUCCAGAAUUUGGCAUCUAUAGAUAAGCAGCCUGUAGCUCAGAUUCUUCCAACGCUAUACUGGAAUUGGAACGUGCCAUUCAUAAUGCUGAGGAGGUGAAGAAUCACUCACGAAUCUGAUGGUUAAAUUUCGGUAAGGUUUUGAGGGAAAAUUAAUUAUUUCAUCUUUAGUUUCAUUGAGUUUGUGAUUCAAUUCCUAUAGGUUAACUCAUCGCGAUUCAGUCUCUAUACUUUCCUUCAUUAAGUAACUCGUCCCAGGUAGCACUGAUGGUGGUUAACAGAGUUAAAAUAUGCUUAGUUGGCAGCCCCAUCAGUGCUACAUCAGAUAAAAUAAAUUGAGUUAUUAAAAAACAACAUAAAUAAGUUAGAUAAACCCUGCUGGCCAAAAAUUAAAAAAAUUAUUAAAUCCCUAGAAUCAAACAGAGACUGAAGAUAGAUGAAGAGGGACCUAUAAGGUCGAUAAAAUAAAAGUAUAAGAACUAAAUCGUGAUGAGUUAAACUAUACAAAUUGAGAUAAAAAUUUGAUAAAACUGUGCAAGUGAUUGUUGUUUGAUUUAAAAAUCAAUGGUUGAAUAUAUAUAUAUAUAUAUAUAUUAAAAUCUACCGGCAAACAUCAAAGAAGCUUAUAGUUGGGUGAGGGAGUUCACUUGCUGUGGUAUAAGUAACAUCUGUUUUUGUUGUAGAUGGUUCUUUUGUACCCAUUAUGUCUGGGCUAAGAAGAAUUUGAGUUAUACGGUGAUUAAUUUGUACACGGGAGAGAAUAAAGUAAUUUAGAUUUUUUUUUAACUUUUUAUUGUAACUUAUUCUUCAGUAUUUGUUCUAUUUUUUACUUCAGUUAACUCAAA